UGGUUUGGCAAUGGUCAUUUUCAGCUCUAGAGCGGUAGAGCCCAUUGUAGUCCAGUCUGUAAAGCCUCGUUUUCUCCGUCUUUCUUGGAGAGUUUUUAUCCAAACCGACAGCAACCAACGAUUUGUCAGCGGCACAAACUAACUUUUUCGAGUACCUAUGACAUGUACGCAUAUAUAGCCACACGUUAUUCCGUGCGCUUCUAGAGCUCUACCAAUCAGUGGAAUAAACGAGGUGUAUUCCCUUUUCAAUCUGCGCUACAAGCCUAGAUCUCUGCAAUGGCUGCUAAACCGCUCUUUCAUUCCUCUGCUGCGUUUCAGAAGACUUCUGAUACCUCACAGAUCUCCAGUGCCCAGUUUAGAUCCUCGGAAGUUGAGCAAACCCAUUUCAGAUCAUCGAGUUUUUCUAAAUGCAGGAGAAAUCCGGCUUUGAGAAUGAAAACUUCGAGGGAUCCUAUGAGUUUGACACAGGAAAUUGUUGAUGACAAACAGAAAACCGCUGUUUUGACUGAAAGUGUACCUGAUCUGUUCUCUGAGAUGAAGCAUCGGUUUUUGAGCUUCAAAAAGGAAAAAUACUUGGCUGACUUGGAACGUUUCAAGGCUCUUGCCAAAGCUCAAGCACCAAAGUUUAUGGUGAUUGCUUGUGCAGACUCUCGGGUUUGCCCCUCUAGUGUCCUGGGAUUCGAACCGGGAGAGGCCUUUGUAAUACGAAAUGUCGCAAAUUUGGUGCCUCCCUACGAGAAUGGCCCUACCGAAGUAAAUGCCGCUCUUGAAUUUGCUGUUAACUCUCUCAAUGUGGAAAAUAUACUAGUCGUUGGCCACAGCUGUUGUGGAGGCAUCCGCGCCUUAAUGAGUAUGGAAGAUGAGAUGAAUUCUAGCUUUCUUCAUAAUUGGGUAGCUGUUGGGAAGACCGCGAGGUCGAAGACCAAGGCUGUUGCAUCAAAGCUCGGCUUCGAUCUACAAUGCAAGCACUGCGAGAAGGAAUCAAUCAACCGCACGCUGCUGAACUUGCUCACGUACCCGUGGAUAAAGGACAAGGUGGCGGAAAGGCAGCUCGUGAUUCAUGGUGGCUACUACGACUUCACCAACUGUACAUUCGAGAAAUGGUCUCUCGACCACGGGGAGGACGAUAACUCUAGCGUGGAUAACCAAUACUCGACUAAAAAUCACGAAUUCUGGAGCUGACUUGCUACUGGAUUCUACCCAUAUUGUUUAGAUGAAUUAUAUGUAAUGCAACUUUGUUGUGUCUGUUUACAUACUAUGAUGUUUCAUUGUGGUGUCUUUUACAAACUUAUAUGUAUGUGUGUUGUUGUAUUGAUGAAAAGAUUGCUUCCACUUUCCAUUCUGCACUUUUUCCAUGAAUCUGCAGCUUGGGUUUCUCCUCA